UUGGCUCAUUUCCGGCCGCCGACGCUCGCUUCCCUGUGAGGACUCGGGAGAGUGAAGAAACAACAGCCGCCAUUUUGUUUGUGUGUGAGCGACUGAGGGAGGGCGAGAGAGACCGAGCCGGACGGGGCGAGCCAGAGGGCGGGCAGCGCAGAGAGAGCCAGGGGCCCGGGCGGGGAACGGGGAGAGAAGAGAGAGUCCGAGACCCAGCCCCCACGUACAUCACUCCAGCCCCACAACCAGCCGCCGAGAGCCAGGCAGGGGCAGUAGGGAGCCUGCGCGCUCGGCCUCCUCGCUCAAAGCCCCGUCCUACCCCGCCCCGGAGCAGAGGAGACCCCCCCUGCGGUCUGUUUAAUCCACAAGGGGCAGAUUCCCCCUCUUGGCCCGGUAUUUUGGAAGGCGUCUAGAGCCCCGUUGGGGCCCCCGCCCCCUAUGGCGGAGGCGAGAGGGCGUCCCGGCAGCGCCUGAGCGGCGGUGGGAGAGGCGGAGAGUGACCAUCGCCGAGCGCAGGGGGUGGGGGAAGAGAGGAGCCUAACCCCCCGCCCUGCCCAAACCCAGCGCUAAUAACCACCCUCAGCCGCUGGGGAGGGGGAAGGUAGCGCGAGAGAAGGGGGGAGGGGCCGCCUGCUUCCUCCUCCUCUUCCUCCUCCUGCUUGGGAUCGGUCCCUCCGCUUGCUCUGGGGGGCACCCUGCUCUUCGGGCUGAGAGGGAGCGCGGAGGGGGCGCUGAAACCCGCCCCUGCACCCCCAUCCCGAGAUCGGCGCUGCCUGCAUCAGGACAACAACCCCUCCUUCUUCCCCGCACAACAAGAUGUGAAGCGGAGACUCCUGGGACUUAUCCUCACCCUCCUCAUCCUUCCAGCUCCCCUCUCUGCAGCCAUUAGUGCCUGGCGAGGAAGAAGCAGGGGGAGCUGGGGACCCCGCACACGCGCUGUCUUCCUCCCCUCCAGCCCCUUCGCGGGCGGUGGGUUUUUUUUUUUUUUGCAGGGUGGUGUUGGACAGGGAAGGAGCUGCUAGAGGAGGGUGAUUUUUUCUCUCUCUCCUUUUUCUUCCUCCUCUCCCCUCCUUCGCCCGCCUCCUUGUGGCGAUGAGGAGGAGGAGAACGACGCCGAGGAGGAAGAGGCUGAUGGCGGCGGUGAGGCGGCAGCAGGAGGAGGAGACCCCCCGGAGGAUGAAGAUGAUGGUGGCAGAGAUGAGGAAGCACCAGCAGCACAACAGCCGGGAUUAAUUUGACUAAAAACCCACCAGCCUCUUCUCCUUUUUUUUAUUUCUGGCGGGGGCGCUUUCCGUGUUCUUCCCGUCCCCUCUGCCUGUGGCCCGGGGGAAAAGGCCUCUUCCCCACCCUAUUCCCCACCUUUCCCCCCCGCUGAGCUGGUGCCACCCUACCAGAAACCGAACCCGAGGGGCAGAAAAAGGGGAACUUGGCCCCCCGCGUCCUCCAGAUCCGUCGCUCGCUCUCCUUAGUCUUCAGUUGCGUCGGGGGCCCGAGAGGAAGGCGAAGAUUUUGGGGAUCCCCCGUCUCUCUGCUCGUUGUGUUUGUCUAAAAAGAAUUAAAAAUGGCCGAGAAUGUGGUGGAGCCGGGCCCGCCUUCAGCCAAGCGGCCUAAACUCUCCUCACCGGCGCUCUCCGUGUCCGCAAGCGACGGCACAGAUUUUGGAUCCCUCUUUGAUCUGGAACACGAUUUGCCAGAUGAACUAAUCAGCUCCACAGAUUUGGGACUUACCAAUGGUGGUGACAUUAAUCAGCUGCAAACCAGUCUUGGUAUGGCACAAGAUGCUGCAUCUAAACAUAAGCAGCUGUCUGAACUGCUGCGGGCUGGUAGUUCCCCAAACCUCAAUAUGGGGGUUGGGGGACCAGGACAAGGCAUGGCAAGUCAAACCCAACAGAACAGUCCUGGAAUGGGAAUCUUAAACAGUAUGGUUAAAAGCCCCAUGGCACAGGCAGGGUUGACAUCUCCAAAUAUGGGGAUGGGUACAAGUGGCCCAAAUCAAGGUCCUUCGGCCCAGUCAACUGCAGGAAUGAUGCCCACGGUAAAUAGUCCAGUUAAUCAGCCUGGCAUGGGAAUGAACACAGGGAUGAAUGCUGGCAUGAAUCCUGGGAUGCUGGCUGCAGGCAAUGGACAGGGGAUGAUGCAAGGGCAAGUCAUGAACGGUUCAAUUGGAGCAGGAAGAGGGCGACCCAACAUGCCAUAUCCAAAUCCAGGAAUAGGUAAUGCUGGUAACUUGUUGGCUGAGACACUGCAGCAAGGCUCUCCCCAGAUGGGAGGACAGACCGGACUAAGAGGGCCACAACCUGGAGCAAUGAACAAGAUGGGAAUGAUGAGCAAUCCCAGUCCUUAUGGCUCACCGUACAGCCAGAACACUGGGCAGCAAAUUGGAGCCAGUGGACUUGGUCCCCAGAUGCAGAAUAAGACUGGGCUACCAAACAGCUUACCCCAGUUUCCAAUGGACAAGAAGCCAGUUCCCGGGACAGGAAUGCCUAACAUGGGCCAGCAGCAGGCUCCUCAAGUUCAGCAAGCUGGGAUGGUGCCAGCUGCUCCCCAGGGAAUGGGGUCAGGUGCACCUACAGCAGACCCAGAAAAACGCAAACUCAUUCAACAGCAGCUCGUUCUCCUCUUACAUGCUCACAAGUGCCAGCGGCGGGAACAGGCAAAUGGCGAGGUGCGACAAUGCAACCUUCCUCAUUGCCGUACCAUGAAGAAUGUCCUCAACCACAUGACACACUGCCAGGCUGGCAAAUCCUGCCAGGUGGCACACUGCGCAUCUUCACGACAAAUCAUCUCGCACUGGAAGAAUUGUACAAGACAUGACUGUCCUGUGUGUUUGCCUCUCAAAAAUGCUGGGGACAAAAGAAACCAACAAUCAUUACUGGGGGGAGCUGCCGCAGGACUUGCAAAUACUGGCUCUGUUGGGGUAGGGCAACAGACUACGCCCUCUAUAAACACUACCAGUCAGAUUGACCCCAGCUCCAUUGAGCGGGCCUAUGCAGCCCUUGGACUGACCUAUCAAGGGAACCAGAUGCAGACACAAUCCCAGGCUCAAGUGAAGAAUCAGCAGCAAGGGCAGUCACCCCAGGGUCUGCGCCCUAUGAACCCCAUGAAUGCUAAUCCUAUGGGUGUGAAUGGAGGUAUGGGGGUUCAAGCCCCUAAUCUGCUGCCUGAGUCGAUGUUGCAUUCAGCAAUGAAUUCCCAAAAUCCCAUGAUGAGUGAAAGUGCAGGUGUUACCAGUUUGGGAGCAAUGCCAACAGCAGCACAACCAUCCAACACCGGAAUUCGAAAACAGUGGCAUGAAGAUAUUACUCAGGACCUCCGAAAUCAUCUUGUUCAUAAACUAGUCCAAGCCAUAUUUCCUACCCCUGACCCUGCAGCAUUAAAAGACAGGCGCAUGGAGAACCUGGUGGCAUAUGCGCGGAAGGUAGAAGGUGACAUGUAUGAAUCUGCAAAUAGCAGGGCAGAGUACUACCACUUGUUAGCUGAGAAGAUCUAUAAGAUUCAGAAGGAACUAGAGGAAAAGCGAAGGACCAGACUGCAGAAGCAGAACAUGAUACCAAAUGCACCAGGCAUGUCUCCAGCUCCCAUGAAUCAAGGGCCCAACAUGGGGCAGCCACAACCAGGGAUGUCUGCAAAUGGUCCCCUUCCUGACCCAACCAUGAUUCGUGCCAGUGUGCCAAAUCAGAUGAUGAAUCGCAUGCAGACGCAGCCGGGAAUGAACCAGUUUGGCCAGAUGAACAUGCAACUGCCAUCCAUGGGUCCCCGGCAAACCCCUCCUCUUCAGCACCCUGGACAGCUAAGCCAGGCUGGGACCAUGAACCAGAUGGGAUUUGCUUCACGUAUGCAGCAGCCGGGGGUUGGCCAACCUUCCAGCCAAAGUCAGUUUCUGCAACAGAACCAGUUCCCUGCUUCCUCCCCAGGAAUGAAUGCGACAAACAUGCCUAUGACCCAGCCUGGCAAUCAGACGCCAGUGUCUCAAGCACAAAUGACCAGCUCUUCGUGUCCUGUGAACUCUCCUGUAAUGGCUCCAGGUUCUCAAGGGAGCCAUAUUCACUGCCCACCUCUUCCACAGCCUACCUUGCACCGAAACUCUCCUUCUCCAGUACCUAGCCGUACCCCAACACCUCACCACACUCCCCCAGGUCUGGGAUCCCAGCAGCAGCAGCCGCAGGCAACACCAGCAGCCACCACCACUGCCCCCACUGCCCCCACCCCUACGGCAAUGCCACCUGGACCGCAGUCACAAACUAUGCACCCCCCUCAGAGGCAGACUCCAACGCCUCCACAGGCACAGCUGCCUCCACAAGUCCAACCUCCAGUUCCAGUCACCCCUUCGGCAGAGCAACAGCAGCAACCCCUGUCACAACAGAGCACGACUGCAUCUGUGCCCACCCCAACAGCACCACUGCAGCCUCAGCACCCCACAACACCUCUUUCACAGCCGGCUGUAAGCAUUGAUGGGCAGGUAUCAAACCCACCAUCUACCAGCAGCACAGAAGUGAACUCGCAACAGACUAUCCCGGAGCAGCAGCAGCAGCAGUCACUCUUGCAGGAAGUGAAAAUGGAUAUUAAAAUGGAAGAAGAGGGGUCAGAACAAACAGAGCUCCAGAUAGAGGAGAAACUGGAGAUUAAAGUGGAACCAGUGGUGAAAGAAUGUAAAACAGAACCAAUGGAGCAAGAAGAGAAGAAACCAGAAGUGAAGUCAGAAAUGAAGGAAGAGGAAGACCGACCCAAUACUCCAGCUACUCAGUCUUCUCCAGCACCAGGACAGUCUAAGAGGAAAAUUUUCAAACCGGAAGAGUUGCGGCAGGCACUUAUGCCAACACUGGAGGCACUUUACCGGCAGGAUCCUGAGUCCCUUCCUUUCAGACAGCCUGUGGAUCCCCAACUACUAGGAAUUCCUGAUUACUUUGAUAUAGUGAAGAACCCCAUGGACCUCUCUACCAUCAAGAGGAAGCUAGACACAGGACAGUACCAGGAGCCCUGGCAAUAUGUGGAUGAUAUCUGGCUCAUGUUCAACAAUGCCUGGCUCUAUAACCGCAAGACAUCCCGCGUGUAUAAGUACUGCUCCAGACUGGCAGAGGUGUUUGAACAAGAAAUUGAUCCAGUUAUGCAGAGCCUUGGUUAUUGCUGUGGGAGAAAGUUGGAGUUCUCGCCACAGACUUUGUGUUGCUAUGGCAAACAGCUAUGCACAAUCCCUCGAGAUGCCACUUACUACAGUUACCAGAACAGGUAUCAUUUCUGUGAGAAGUGCUUCAACGAAAUCCAGGGGGAGAGCGUUUCUCUGGGGGAUGACCCAUCACAACCUCAAACUACGAUAAACAAAGAACAGUUUUCUAAGAGGAAAAAUGAUACACUAGAUCCUGAACUGUUUGUUGAAUGUAUAGAGUGUGGGAGAAAAAUGCACCAGAUCUGUGUGCUUCAUAACGAAAUAAUCUGGCCAUCUGGCUUUGUGUGUGAUGGCUGCUUAAAGAAAACAGGACGAACCAGAAAAGAGAACAAAUUCUCUGCUAAAAGGUUGCCAUCUACAAGGCUGGGUACCUUCUUGGAGAACAGAGUGAAUGAAUUUCUGAGAAGACAGAAUCACCCUGAGUCAGGAGAGGUCACAGUCAGGGUGGUUCAUGCCUCCGACAAAACCGUAGAAGUAAAACCUGGAAUGAAAGCAAGGUUUGUAGACAGUGGAGAGAUGGCAGAGUCCUUCCCUUAUCGAACAAAAGCCCUGUUUGCUUUUGAGGAAAUUGAUGGUGUAGACUUGUGCUUCUUCGGUAUGCAUGUACAGGAGUAUGGCUCAGAUUGCCCCCCGCCUAAUCAGAGGCGAGUAUACAUAUCUUACCUCGACAGUGUUCAUUUCUUCCGCCCUAAAUGCUUGAGGACUGCUGUCUAUCAUGAAAUAUUAAUUGGAUACCUAGAAUAUGUCAAGAAAUUAGGAUAUACAACUGGACAUAUCUGGGCCUGCCCACCUAGUGAAGGAGAUGACUAUAUUUUCCAUUGCCAUCCUCCUGACCAGAAGAUACCCAAGCCCAAGCGACUGCAAGAGUGGUAUAAAAAGAUGCUGGACAAAUCUGUGUCGGAGCGCAUUGUCCAUGACUACAAGGAUAUUUUUAAGCAGGCAACAGAAGAUCGUCUAACGAGUGCAAAAGAGCUGCCUUACUUUGAAGGGGACUUCUGGCCCAACGUGCUGGAGGAGAGCAUUAAGGAACUAGAACAAGAGGAGGAAGAGCGGAAGAGAGAAGAGAACACUAGCAAUGAGAGCACGGAUGUGAGUAAGGGAGACAGCAAAAAUGCCAAAAAGAAGAAUAAUAAGAAGACAAGUAAAAACAAGAGCAGCUUGAGUCGUGGCAAUAAGAAGAAGCCUGGCAUGCCCAAUGUCUCCAACGAUCUCUCCCAGAAGCUGUAUGCCACUAUGGAGAAGCACAAAGAGGUCUUCUUUGUGAUCCGUCUCAUUGCUGGCCCUGCGGCGAACUCCCUGCCUCCCAUUGUUGAGCCUGACCCACUCAUUCCAUGUGACUUGAUGGACGGGCGUGAUGCCUUCCUCACCCUUGCUAGAGACAAACACCUGGAGUUCUCCUCACUACGAAGAGCUCAGUGGUCAACCAUGUGCAUGCUGGUGGAGCUGCAUACCCAGAGCCAGGACCGCUUUGUUUACACCUGCAAUGAAUGCAAGCAUCAUGUAGAGACCAGAUGGCACUGCACUGUCUGCGAGGAUUACGACCUGUGCAUCACCUGUUAUAACACUAAAAACCACGACCACAAGAUGGAGAAAUUGGGCCUUGGCCUAGACGAUGAAAGCAACAACCAGCAAACUGCAACCACCCAGAGCCCUGGUGAUUCUCGCCGCCUGAGCAUCCAGCGCUGCAUCCAGUCCCUUGUCCAUGCCUGCCAGUGUCGUAACGCCAACUGUUCACUGCCGUCCUGUCAGAAGAUGAAGCGAGUUGUCCAACAUACCAAAGGCUGCAAGCGCAAGACCAACGGAGGGUGCCCUAUUUGCAAACAACUCAUUGCUCUUUGCUGCUACCAUGCAAAGCAUUGCCAGGAGAACAAGUGCCCGGUGCCCUUUUGCCUCAACAUUAAACACAAGCUUCGCCAACAGCAACUUCAGCACCGUCUGCAGCAGGCGCAGAUGCUCCGAAGGAGGAUGGCGAGCAUGCAGAGGACCGGUGUGGUAGGUCAGCAGCAAGGAUUGCCUUCACCAACCCCAGCCACACCAACAACUCCAACAGGCCAGCAGCCCCCAACACCACAGACCCCACAACCCCAGCCACCACCUCAGCCUGCCUCGCAACCCCAACCUGCACCUCCCAAUACUAUGCCGCCCUACACCAUGCCGAGAACUCAGCCCCCUGGUGCUGUGUCCCAGGGCAAAGCAGGUGGCCAGAUAACUCCUCCAACUCCACCUCAGACUGCUCAGCCACCAGUCCAGGGUCCUCCUCCAGCUGCAGUGGAAAUGGCCAUGCAGAUCCAGCGGGCAGCAGAGACUCAACGUCAGAUGGCACAAGUUCAGAUUUUCCAAAGGCCAAUUCAGCACCAGAUGCCCCAACUGAAUCCGAUGCCACCAAUGGGGAUGAACCCUCCCCAGAUGGCCAGAGGGCCUGGCGGUCACAUAGAUCAAGGCAUGGGGCCAGCGGGAAUCCAGCAGCAGCCACCAUGGGCCCAGAGUGGGUUACCCCAACCACAGCAGCUCCAGCCAGGAAUGCAGAGACCAUCCAUGAUGUCAGUAGCCCAGCCAGGGCAGCCUAUGAACAUGGCGCCUCAGCCAGGAAUGGGUCAGGUUCCUGGUGCGCCUCAGCCAAAACCAGCAUCUCUGCCCCAGGCAGCCUUACAAAACUUACUGCGGACUCUCAGGUCUCCCAGCUCCCCAAUGCAGCAGCAGCAGGUGCUUAACAUCCUCCACUCCAACCCUCAGCUACUGGCUGCUUUCAUCAAGCAGAGGGCUGCCAAGUAUGCAGUGUCUCAGAAUCCACAAGGUAUGCCAGGGCAGCCUGGAAUGCCACAGGGUCAGCCAGGGCUUCAACCACAGCCAGCCAUGCAAGGGCAGCAAGGAGGGGUGCACCCGAACCCAGCCAUGCAAAAUAUGAACCCCAUGCAAGCCGGGGUCCAAAGGCCCAGCAUGCCCCAACAGACGCAGCAGCAGCCACCUCAGCAGGCCAUGGGUGGGAUGAAUCCUCAGGCACAGCCGAUGAACAUGAAUCACUCUGGGAUGUCUCCGCAAUUUCGGGAACUUUUAAUGAGACGGCAGCAGAUGAUGGAGCAGCAGCGCCAUCAGCAGCAGCAGCAGCAAGGAGCCGGUCCGGGGUUGGGGCCCGGGAUGGCCAACCAUAAUCAGUUUCAGCAGCCCCAGGGUGUCAGUUACGCUCAGCAGCAGCAGCAACAGCAGCAGCAGCAAAGGAUGCAGCAUCAUAUGCAGCAGAUGCAGCAAGGAACUAUGGGACAAAUGAGCCAGCUUCCACAGGCAAUGAAUGCAGAGGCAGGAGCCGGUUUGCAGCAGGCUUUCCAGCAGAGGCUACUUCAGCAGCAAAUGGGAUCCCCAGCUCAGCCCAACCCUAUGAGCCCCCAACAGCACAUGCUCCCUAGUCAGGCCCAGUCCCCACACUUACAGGGCCAGCAGAUCCCUUCAUCGCUCACCAAUCAAGUGCGUUCUCCACAGCCUGUACCCUCACCACGACCCCAGUCCCAGCCCCCCCAUUCCAGCCCUUCCCCUCGGAUGCAACCUCAGCCUUCUCCACACCAUGUCUCUCCGCAGACCAGCUCCCCACAUCCAGGACUGGUAGCCGCCCAGGCUAACCCCAUGGAUCAGGGGCACUUCGCCAGCCCGGACCAGAGUGCAAUGCUUUCUCAGCUUGCUGGCAAUCCAGGCAUGGCAGGCCUCCAUGGUACAAGCGCCACGGAACUGGGGCUCAGCUCCGAUAACUCAGACUUGAAUUCAAACCUUUCACAGAGUACACUAGACAUACACUAGACACAUUGUAGCAUUUUGGGAGCAAAAAAAAAAACUUAUUUUCUCAAGACUUUUUGUACUGAAGACAAAUUUUUUUGAAUCUUUCUUAGCUAAAACAACAUUUUUCCCUGGAACACAUCCGAACUCUGCAGCAGUAGUUUGUGGUUUUAAAAACAAGAAACCAACAAAAUGAACCUGAGGGACAAUAGAAUACAAAGAAUAUAUUUUUGUUAUGGCUGGAAUCAUAACCAGUCCUUUUUCUUGUUUUUCCUCGCAUGCGUGCGUUGGGAGGUGGAGGGGGGAAAGGGUGGUCUUUUGGCUGCUGACCAAAUUGGCCCCCUUCUCAUGCCUCCAAUAGGUUUUAUUUUUUUUUAAAUUAAUGAAAAUAUGUAAUAUUGAUAGUUAUUAUUUACUGAGGCAGAUGGUUAACAUUUUCCCUAUUCUGGUUUUUCCUCACAUCACUGCAAAAAACCCACAGGAGAACAUUUCCUAAAACCGGAGG